AUGGCUUGCCCACGUAUGAUGAAGCGUGCCGCAGUCCACCCCAAGGCAGCAAUAGUUUCGUACAAAGCCCAAGAAGUCAAAAUCCAGCAGGGGGACCAGAUGCGCCUCCUUCAUACGAAGAAGCAUGCGGCAGUGGAGUCCGAAGCAACGGUGGAAAUACACAAAGCUGGAGAAGCCCAGACCCGUGGGAGGCGUAGGAAUAGCUCGCGACGCCGAAGGCGUGGUUCACGCUACUACAACUUUCCACAGCUGUGCGAUGAACCGGCAAGGCAUGUCCUAGAGAGUCUCAUGGACUAUGUCGAAGGUCUGUCGGCUGACAUGUCUAUGGAAGAGCCAAAGGAAUUCGGUACAGUACUAAUGGGCAUGUAUUUUUCUUUUACCAUUUCCCAAGAGGCCUUAGAACGGUUUGGACGGACUUUGGAGUCCUCCAUCCUUGGCUCAGCCGCUACACUAUUAGAAGAUGAUUCGAAACGCCCACCUGAGUACCCGGAUGACCCUUAG